AUGUUGGGAGGGUUUAUUUUGUUAAAGACUUGUUUGUCACUGUGUUGCAGCAAAGUCACUGAGAAUGCAAAGAAUUCCUUGGCCACUCUUAAGAGAGAAAACCCUCGGCUUGAGCCAACGCUUGCCAUUAUUCAGGCACGCAAUGACCAGUUGAUUCAAGAAGCAAACAAGAACUUUGCCAAAGAGAUUGGUCUACGUGUUAUUCAUAUCUGUCUUCCUGAAGGCAGCACCAAGGAUGAGAUUGUCAGUGAAAUCUUGAGACUUAAUGAGGAUCCUAACGUGCAGGGCCUUGCUCUUGACCUCCCAGAAAGCUUAUAUAGCAGUAAGGUAUUAAAUGCUGUGAAACCAGAGAAGGAUGUGGAUGGAUUAUCCAGUGUAAACCUAGGACGCUUGGUUCGUGGUGAUGUCUAUGACUGUCUAGUUCCUCCUACAGUGUGUGCUGUGAUGGAGCUUCUUGAAGAUGUAGGUGGGAAGAAGGUUCUGCUGCUGGGAGCGCGCGGGGCAGAGGCUGCUGCCCUGCAGAGCGUGCUGCAGCGCGAGGGAGCCGCCGUCCUCAGCUGCCACUGGAAAUCUCCGCAGCUGCAGAGUGAGCUCCGUCACGCAGACGUGGUGCUGUUUGGCAGUACGAAACCCGAUGAUGUUCCUGUGAGCUGGAUAAAGCCCGGGGCCACCGUUAUCAACUGUGCUCAUGGUCUUCUGUCAGAGAAACAUAACUGUGGUCAGCAGAACAACCCUGCUGCUGAAAAAACUGUUGGUUCUCUUGUAGUAGCAAUGAGAAUGCAGAACAUGGUAAAAAACAUGGAGCGAUGGAUCCAGUCCCAGCAGUACAGGAAGUGGGACCUCCACUGUUUGAAACUGCAGCCCCUCUCCCCAGUGCCCAGUGAUAUUGAGAUUUCCCGAGCACAGAGUCCAAAAGCUGUUGAUGUACUUGCCAAGGAGAUAGGAUUGCUUACAGAUGAAAUUGAGAUCUAUGGCCAAACCAAAGCCAAAGUACGUUUGUCCCUGCUGGAAAGGUUAAAGGAUCAACCAGAUGGAAAAUAUGUUCUAGUUGCUGGAAUAACCCCUACACCCCUAGGAGAGGGGAAAAGCACUGUCACAGUUGGUCUCGUUCAGGCGCUUACUGCACACCUUAACAUUAAUUCCUUUGCUUGUCUGAGACAACCUUCUCAAGGACCUACUUUUGGAGUGAAAGGUGGAGCAGCUGGAGGUGGAUAUGCUCAAGUGAUCCCCAUGGAGGAGUUCAAUCUUCAUUUAACUGGAGAUAUUCAUGCUAUAACUGCUGCAAAUAAUUUGCUGGCUGCUGCUAUUGAUGCUAGGAUCUUGCAUGAGAAUACUCAAUCUGAUAAGUCUUUGUAUAAUAGGCUCGUUCCAGUAGUGAAUGGCGUGAGAGGAUUUUCUGCUAUUCAGCUUGCCCGUCUGAGAAGGCUGGGAAUAAACAAGACUGAUCCUGAGACUUUAACAGAAAAGGAGAUCAGCAAAUUUGUGCGCCUUGACAUUGACCCAUCAACCAUAACAUGGCAAAGAGUGGUGGAUACAAAUGACAGGUUCCUGCGCAAAAUAACAGUUGGGCAGGCAAAUACGGAGAAAGGAUUUAUCCGUCAGGCUCAGUUUGAUAUUGCUGUUGCAAGUGAGAUUAUGGCCAUCCUGGCACUUACCACCAGCCUUCAAGAUAUGAAAGAAAGACUGGGGAAAAUGGUGGUGGCUAAUGACCAGAAAGGAGAACCAGUAACAGCAGAGGAUUUGGGAGUAACUGGUGCUUUGGCAGUUUUGAUGAAAGAUGCAAUUAAGCCCACGCUAAUGCAGACAUUAGAGGGAACACCAGUAUUUGUUCACGCUGGACCUUUCGCUAACAUUGCACAUGGAAAUUCUUCUGUUUUGGCAGAUAAAAUUGCUCUUAAGUUAGUUGGAGAGAAAGGAUUUGUAGUAACUGAAGCUGGCUUUGGUGCUGACAUUGGGAUGGAGAAAUUCUUCAACAUCAAAUGCAGAGCAUCUGGCUUGGUUCCCAGUGUGGUUGUACUUGUUGCUACAGUGAGGGCUUUGAAGAUGCAUGGAGGUGGGCCAAAUGUGACUGCUGGUGCCCCCUUGAAGAAAGAAUACACAGAAGAGAACCUCCAGCUGGUAGCUGAUGGCUGCUGUAAUCUACAGAAACAGAUUCAAAUUACUCAGCUCUUUGGAGUUCCUGUUGUGGUUGCUCUGAACGUCUUCAAAACUGACUCUCCAGCUGAGGUUGAUCUGGUGUGUAAGAUUGCAAAGGAGUCUGGAGCAUUUGAUGCUGUACCCUGCAAUCACUGGUCGGCUGGUGGUAGAGGAGCAGUAAAAUUAGCUCAAGCUGUGGAAAAGGCAGCCAAUCAAAAAAACAGUUUCAAAUAUCUCUACAGCUUGGAGCUUCCUAUUGUUGAAAAAAUAAGGAUCAUUGCUCAGAAGGUGUAUGGAGCUCAGGAUAUAGAGUUGUCUCCUGUUGCGCAGUCUCAAGUCGAUCGCUAUACCCGGCAGGGAUUUGGAAACCUUCCCAUUUGUAUGGCAAAAACUCACCUAUCCCUCUCCCAUCAGCCUGAGAGGAAGGGUGUUCCCACUGGUUUCAUUUUGCCGAUUACCGAAGUGCGAGCCAGCAUUGGAGCUGGAUUCAUCUACCCUCUGGUAGGAACGAUGAGCACCAUGCCAGGACUGCCCACAAGGCCGUGCUUCUAUGACAUUGACCUUGACCCCAUCACAGAGCAAGUGAAAGGAUUGUUUUGAGAGUGACAUCCAAAUUCAGAAGCCUGAAAAUUAAGAACUGCAACUUCCCUGUUUCCUGCAAGUAGGAGACAAAAAGUGAAUCUGAAAUAUUCCUGUUAUUUUUCUCUGGAGGAAUGUCAAGAUAGACCAAAGAGCAAAAGUUUACUCUUUCUUCAAACUAGUUUUUAUGAUGAAAUAUAGCUGUAAGGUUAAAAAAAACAAAAAAAAACCAAAAAAAAACCAAAAAAAAACCAAAAAACAAAAAAAAAAAAACCAACAAAAAACAAGCCAGCAAGCUAAAGUUUUACUUGCUGUAACACAGGAAGCUCUCUACUGGGGCUUACGCUUGUUAGUGGAUAAAAUGACAUUGAAAAAGAGCAGUUUUUCAACUCAGAGUUUUUGUCUUUUCUCAGAGGAGUGUACCAAAGUAUUUCCUUUAUCUUGGCUAUCUACUAAAAACUUGCAUAAACAUGACUGUGCUGUGUGACCAAGCCUAUUUCUCUCUGAAAAGUACACUUUUGCUCCUGGCAUUCAAGAGCUGAAACUACACACAGAUUAACUGCACAUUUUUGAGUUAUCAUCAAGCGUUGCUCUGGAUGCGUUUGGGCAACAGCCAAGCUUCAAGCAAGGAAGAUAUUAAACAGAGAAAGAACAGAGCAUGUAUUUUGUAAAAGGUUUUUAAUGUAUAAUUUGUUUCCUUGUUGGGCAAAGAUCUUUUGAAACACUUAAGCCAUAGCUGUCUUGUAUGCAUAGGUCUGUCUUUAUCUGAAGCGUGUGUUACGGGCUGUCCAGCUGAUUAUGUGCUUGUUGUGGUGAAGCUGGUCGUUCAGACAGGGCACUGCUCCUUCUGAAGUGCUGUUUUGCUCCUGUUCAUGGCUAAUGAAGCCUCCUGCUGUGCUGGCUCCCGACCUAGAGUUUUUCCCUGGCAGUACACAAGGGCCCAGUAACAACAGAGGAACGUCCAUCAAGCAGGGAUUCGGACAGGGCACAGCUUUUUUCUGCUUCAUUUUGCAGGUUUUAACGACCACACUUGUAAAAGUGGAGGGCAUUUCCAUUUGAAGGGGUAUUCAAACAAGUUGAAUUGCAAACCAUGUGCUUUAAUUUGUCUCAGUAACUUUACUUUCCUGGUUUUUCCUAAAACCUGUAUCAAAAGGCAAGCCUUAGGCACAGGAUACAGCAUUUAACUUUCCAAGCUGCUACUCCUCAGGAAACUCUCGCUGACUGACUGUUGGUUCCUUCAAUAACAAAAAAUUCGACAGAACAAUAGGGUGAAUCGAGACAAUAGGCCAUUGUUUUUUUUAGGUAAAAAGCGGUGAAAUAAUGAUGAGAGAGUUUAUUUUCCUGAUGACGUUUUCCAUCCUGUCGCUUUGCUCUGCUUACGCACAUCUGCAUGUUAUGGGCUUUUGCAGUGUAGCCUUGGUUCCCUUCUGCAGAGCCACAUUUGGAGACUUAAUUAUCUCAGGAACUCUGUAGUAAUUGAGGGGUUUGUUUUGGUUCUUAAAAUCAAGCUUUGUUAUUUAUAAACUCAAAACUAUAAUUAUGGACAGUAUAGCAAACUGGGGACAAUUAAUUGUCUGCCUUCCCUGGAGUAGCACGGAGAUAUCUGCUGACUGCAUUUCAGUGCUAUUCAUAGCGUGGUCCUCCAGCACCACAGGGAUUGCUGUGAAGAUAAAUUUAAAUGUAAAAACUAGAGCAAUUUAAUAUUUUAUCUGUACUAGACAAUAGAGCUCUUAACAGCCUAGACUCUGGAUGUUUUAAUUACACUGGGGCAUGACAAACAUGAUGAGUAGAAAGUCAGAUUCAAGCUCUCAGAGCUGCUGGGAAGAGAGAUUUCUUAUAUUCUCUAUUAAAUUGUGCCACAAAAUAGAACUCAAUACUAUUCAUAUACAAGUGUUGUAAAUCAGUCUUGCACACAUUCAUCUAUUUAGCCAAGAAAUAACCAAAAAGUUUUGGAAGGAAGUAUGGUUUCAAAACAUAGUUUUCCUAGUAGCUUCCUUACAAGAAAAAUAAACAACAUUUUUCUCCAUUUUGUCCAGAGAAAUUCAGAAAAUACAUAAUUGUGCCUUUCUAGGAGUCACUGUGGUUCCCCUGCAGGUGCACUGGAAUUGUCCCCAUGCAGUGUAGGAUACUGUAUGUGGCACUGGCUGAUUGCCUGUGAAGCUUCUCUGAGGAUGUGGAUGUUUGAGCAACAAGUUUUACAAGUCAUCUCAAGCUACUGUUUGAUAUUUCUAUAGUGUUGUCUCCAUCUCAUCCCUUCAGGCCACACAUGCUGGGACCAUUUAUCUGACCCAUCAGUCUCUCCCUAAAACACCAUUCCAGUUCAUUUAGUUGACAGCUGACAAACAUCCUGUAAUUUUUCUACCAUCGUGUGCACAGGACUUGUUAUAUUGUUUAGAUAGCUCCAGUAAUUCAAGGAAAGCUGAAAUGGCCCACUUGUCUUUUGUCGUAGCUUUUCCCCCACCCCAUCUAGUUAACUAGCUCCAAAAUCUCUCAAGCUAUUGCAUUUUUGGUCCUUUGUCAUGAUCCAGGCAGAUGGAGCUACUGGCCACCAGCUGAGCUGCAGAAACUGACACAGUAUGUUCCCUGAUUCUGAGGGACCACCCUGAUUCUGAGGCCUUGCUCCCGAAGAGUUUAACAUGAAAACUUUUUAAGAUCAGUCUUAUUAGUAUAUGUGUCAGUUGUUACAUGGCCAUGACUGUGGGACUCCUGUUUUUUUUUUGCAUCUACUCUGAGCAGCGUUGUCACAUGGCAGAACCACAGCUUUAUAAGGCAGCUUGCCAAGCUUAUCCCUGCGUUUGCUGAAGUGUGUUUAGCACCAUGCGGUUGUUUAUAAUCAGAAGAUCUGCUUUCUGUAGUGACUGAAUACUUUGUUAUUGCUACUGCUAAACUAAUUCUGCAAUGGCAUUGAAAUACUUCAGAAUACAUGCAACAGGUUUCUUCAUUUGUAGUUUGAAAUUCAAGCUCCCAGAAUUUCAGUUGCCAUGAACAUGAAAAUAAAGUCUGUGUUCUAAGAUUUA